AGCCACUUAGCCAAAGCGAAGCCCCCCACGAUAGGCGACAGCUCACUCUGCAGCGCCGUCAUAAAGAGGGUAGAGGUGCGACCGCUAACAUCAGUACACCUCGAACACACGCCAGUGCUUACACGCAAGACCUACGUAGGUACCCUACCUGUAUCCUAACAUCCAUUCAGAAAAAUGAUCGUGUUCGUCGUACUGUGUUUAAUUGUGUUGGUGCUCUUCUUCAACUUGUCCGCCACCAAGAGGCGCAAGCCGAAAUCGGCGAAGCCCAUCCCGGGUCCCGACCCUUGGCCGAUUAUUGGAAGUCUUCACCUCCUGGGCAAGUACGAGACACCCUUCGAAGCCUUUACCGUUCUCAGCAAGAUCUAUGGAGAUAUCUUCAGUAUCACCAUGGGCUCUACUCCCUGUGUGGUGGUCAACAAUUUCAAUCUCAUCAAAGAGGUGCUCAUCGCCAAGGGGGGUGACUUUGGCGGACGACCCGAUUUCAUGAGGUUUCACAAACUCUUCGGAGGCGACAGGAAUAACUCUCUGGCUCUAUGUGAUUGGUCUGUUCUGCAGAAGACAAGAAGAAGCAUAGCGCGUACUUACUGUUCUCCAAGAUUUACAUCUCUUCAGUACGACGCUGUUAAUUUAGUAGGCACAAACGAAUUGACAGUUUUUAUGACAGAGCUCCAAAAACUACCCCUCAACGAACCUACUGAUAUAAAACCUGUUAUUUUAGCCGCUUGUGCUAAUAUGUUUAUGCAAUAUAUGUGUUCGACUAGCUUCCCUUAUGACGACACAGAUUUCAUGAAAGUCGUAAGAUACUUUGACGAGAUUUUUUGGGAAAUCAACCAAGGAUAUGCUGUUGAUUUCUUGCCCUGGUUGUUACCCAUGUACAACAAACACAUGAACAAGCUGUCACAUUGGGCUGGCGAGAUUCGUGAGUUUAUUCUAGCGAGAAUCGUUCAGGAUCACGUGAACACUUUAGAUUAUCAAUCACCACCCAGAGAUUUUACUGAUGCUUUACUCAUCCACCUACAAGAAGACCCUAACAUGGAAUGGAACCAUAUCAUUUUCGAAUUAGAAGACUUCAUAGGCGGACACUCGGCAAUCGGUAAUUUGGUGAUGAUGGCCCUAGCUUCCGUGGUACGGUAUCCCGAGGUAGCCAAGAGAAUUCAGGAAGAAGUAGAUGACGUAACUAGAGGUCAGAGGUACGUAAAUCUGUUCGACAAAGCUGCGAUGCCCUACACAGAAGCUGUCCUUUGGGAGACCUUGAGGAAGGCGUCUUCUCCCAUUGUACCCCACGUGGCUUCCACCGACACAGAAAUCGAGGGAUUCCCAAUCAAGAAAGGCACAAUGGUAUUUUUGAAUAACUACGAGCUGAAUCUCAGUGCUGAACAUUGGGAUGAGCCGGACAAGUUCAAACCCGAGAGGUUCCUGUCGCCUGCUGGAAACGUGGUGAAACCGGCACAUUUUAUUCCUUUCAGUACCGGAAAAAGAACUUGCAUUGGACAACGACUAGUUCAAUGUUUUAGCUUUAUUCUUUUGUCUACGCUGCUUCAAAAUUAUAACAUAUCGCCAGGCUCCGAGAUACAUAUCAAGCCUGGGUGCGUAGCUGUAACUCCAGAUUGCUUUAAAUUAAUAUUGAAACCCAGAAAUACAGAACCAAACUAGAAGAAUUUUUCUUAGUAAUGUAUAGUAAAGAGACGCUGUGCCAGAAAGGCAUUUGAGUACUUAAAAAGUCUUUAAUCAAAAAGACUUUCUUUCACUAAGAGACUUGACAAGACUGGAGUUGCAGAGCUACAUCAUUUAUUUUUAAGGUUUUGUUUUAAUUCGAUUGUUACAAUAUUUAAAUACAAAUAGAACAUCACUUGGCUCAUUAAACAUUCCGGGACAUUGUUCCCUAUAUGCGCUACUAUUUAUUAUCAUUUUAAUCAUGCAUUGUAUAUAUACGCAGUGGGACUUUUAGAAAAAUUGUUUAUGGUGUUUUAAAGAAGCGGUUUUCAAUUUAUAGGCUUAAAAAUUCUUUAUAAGUAUGAUUAAGUGAUUUUUAGAUUAUAUAAUACAUCAUAGUAGGGUAGCAGAUUUUUAUACAUGUUUGUAACAUCAAUAAUAAUUGUUGAUUAAAUAGGAUAAUUUUUAUUUCAUUUUUGCUGCUCCACUGUAAACACUUGUGUAAUAAAACAACAUGUGUAAUAUAUUGUUUGUAGAUAUAUAGGAAGUUUAUUAACAUAUUUUUUUAUUAUUUUUGAAAUUGUGUAUUGUAUACUAAUUAUUGCUUCUUCACUCUGUCGAUUGUUUUUAUUUCUCCUGUUAAGUACAAAUUAUUAUUUACAUUUUUGAGCUUGUAAAUUAGAUAAAUCCUUUUUGUUUUUGAAUUUUUAAAAAACUUUUUUAUAGGUGAAAUGUUGUAAUUUCUUUCACUGUUUUGUUAUAUAUGUUUAGUUUUAUCAUCUACUCUUUAAUUUUUAAUAGAUUUUUUUCGUAAUGAGACUGAAUAAAACUGAGUGUAUUU